CUCAGCUUUUGAGACUCAUGAGUAUCAUCGGAAAUAUACAACCAGCUAAAAAAAUAAACAAAGAAUGAUGGUUAGCUCUGUUUCCAUAUUAGCCUCUCUCUCACCAUACAUACUCAUCUCAGCAUUACUUCUCUACCUUCUCCUCGAGCAACUCACUUACCUUCGCAAAAAAGGUAACCUCCCUGGCCCUCUCUUCGUCCCUCCCAUCAUCGGAAACGCCGUCUCAGUUGUCCGUGACCCCACUUCCUUCUGGUACAAGCAAUCCGCUUUGGCCGGAAACUCCCCUGGCCUCUCCGCCAACUACCUCGUCGGGAGAUUCAUAGUCUACAUCAGAGACACGGAGCUUUCUCAUCAAAUCUUCACCAACGUACGCCCCGAUGCCUUCCACUUCGUUGGACAUCCCUUCGGCAAGAAGCUCUUCGGUGACCACAACUUCAUCUACAUGUUCGGUGACGAUCACAAGUCAGUUCGCCGACAGAUUGCUCCAAACUUCACCCCCAAGGCACUCUCUACAUACUCUGAGCUCAUGCAAGUAAUCAUCCUCCGUCACCUACGGCUAUGGGAGGAGAGUUGUAACGGUCCUAUGUCGCUUAGAAACCUUGUCCGUGAUCUAAACCUGGAAACUUCUCAGACGGUUUUUGUCGGACCGUACCUUGACGAGGAAGAUAAAAACAGGUUCCGUACGGACUACAACAUCUUCAACCUAGGAACCAUGACGCUCCCUUUUGACAUUCCAGGGUCUGCCUUCCACAAGGCUCGCAUGGCGGUGAAGAGGCUGGCGAACAUACUCGCGGUAUGCGCGGGAAAGUCUAAAGCGAGGAUGGCGGCCGGAGAAGAGCCGACGUGUCUGAUAGACUUCUGGAUGCAGCCUAUAGUCGCGGAGGCUGCAUCCGGUAAUCCGCCUCCGCCUCAUUCUAGAGACGAGGAGAUAGGAGGCUUCCUCUUCGACUUCCUCUUCGCCGCGCAAGACGCGUCCACGUCAUCGCUUCUCUGGGCGGUGACGCAGCUCGAGUCGAAGCCGGAUGUGCUGAGGAGAGUCAGGGAGGAAGUUGGAAGCAUAUGGACGCCUGAGUCCAACGCGUUGAUCACAGUUGAUCAGCUCGCGGAGAUGAAGUACACGCUCAACGUGGCGCGUGAGGUUGUGAGAUACAGGCCACCGGCGACUAUGGUCCCACACGUGGCAGCUGUAGACUUCCCUCUCACGAAAACUUACGCUGUACCUAAAGGAACCAUCGUCUUUCCCUCGGUCUUCGACUCAUCGUUCCAAGGGUUCACUGAACCGGACCAGUUUGAUCCAGACCGGUUUAGCGAGACCAGGAAAGAAGACCAGGUGUUCAAACGCAACUUUCUCGCUUUUGGAUGGGGCUCUCACCAGUGCGUAGGUCAGCGUUACGCACUGAACCACCUCGUGCUCUUCAUCGCCAUGUUCUCGACGCUGCUGGAUUUCAAGAGGCUUCGAUCUGACGGCUGCGAUGAGAUCGUGUACUGUCCCACAAUAUCUCCCAAGGACGGAUGUACGGUGUUCUUGUCUAGGCGCGUCGCAGCGUAUCCGUACCUUACGUUGAAUUAAUUUGGAGUCUUGUCUUUAUUACUAUUAUUGAAUUUGAAGAUGUCAGUAUCGUGUUCACUGUUCACCAAUUUGUUUUGUCUUUUUCUUUGUAUGGAUUAAGUUAUGGCGUGUGAAGUCAUGUCGUGAAGUUAUGGCAUGCAUUUAUAUGUUGGAUUUGAUUUU